AUGACAAAGUCACAGCCUGAGAAAGGGAUGUGGGUAAUAGGAUACGGCUCACUAAUAUUCAAACCACCCCCACAUGUCUCACACCGAAUCACAGGUUAUAUCCAAGGUUACAUUCGUCGUUUUUGGCAAAGUUCAAUCGACCACCGAGGAACACCAUCGUCGCCAGGACGAGUAGUGACACUCAUAUCAUUGGAUGAGUUACGAAAUGAUCGGUUUUUCCAUAAUGAUUUACACACUUAUGAGGUUCAUAAUGGGGACAAUGACACUGCUGAUACUGGUGCUGAUGUUGAUGUGGAUCAUCAUCUGAUUGAUCAAUUACAACCCCAAGAUUUAAAAGUUUACGGAUGUGCUUAUUAUAUCGCUCCGCAACAUGUUGAUGAAGUAAAGCAGUAUUUGGAUAUUCGUGAACAAAAUGGCUACGAGUUGAAAUCCGUCAAAUUUUACAUCAAAGAAGUACAAGCAGAACAGGAUAACGUCGUUGAUUUGAUAUCAAGUACCCAUAUACCUGCAUCAGAUCUACAUUGGGAUGAGUUUGGCGCAUACAUUGAAAGUCUGAUAUAUAUAGGUGGAUUAGAUUUGAAGAGUUUUAUUGGACCGGAACUGAUUCAUGAUACGGCCAAGAUUAUCAAAACUAAUGUGGGCCCUAGUGGUAAAAACAGUGAAUACUUGAUCAAAUUGACUCAUGCUGUUCGUGAGUUGAAUUGUCGAGAUUAUUACUUAGAGGACCUUCUCAAGCUAAUAGAAGAAUAA